AUGUCAACGAGUGCGACUGCAAGCGCAAGCAUGAACGGCAUGCCGGCGAUGACCAUCAAGCCUUCGCUCUCGCCAGGACUGAACCAUCUAUCUGUGCCAGGCACGCCUCAUCGCGUCGUCUCAAACAGCUCGGGAUAUCAUCAGAGCGUGUUCAAGGCAGCCGAUAAGAAGCUACAAGCUACUCGCGUAGAGGAGCUCGUCAGAGAAAAAGGAUUCAUCCCGGAAGCGCUCGUACACUCCGAGGUCUCGUGGUACACGCAAGACCUCGGCAUUGACGACGCCUACUUCAAGACAGAGAGUGUCGAGACAAUCGCGUCACAUAUCAUUUCGCUCUAUGGCAGCAAGAUCUUGGCGUACGCUCGCGGCGACGGCACGCUCGACAUCAAUCUCGAAAAGAUCCAUGACGAUGGCGCAGUCUUCAUCCACACAUCCAAUCCAGGCGUCUCUGACCCUCACGGUCCGCUAAUCGAGCAACGUAUCGACGAAAAGUAUCUCGAUGUUUCGACGCCCAAGGAGGCAUACCGACUGGAGACGUAUCGAUCAGCAGGUCAUGUAUCAAGCAGUAUCAGCCAACAACUACGCUGCUACUUCCUCGCUCGUUGUAACUUUGUCGAGCCCAAUCCGGAUGCAGAGGAGACGGACAUCACCAAGCUAGGCGACCGCGCUUUUCUCGAGACCGUCUCUGAGAACACGCUCGAGAUCUACCAGGAGGUCAUGCUGGCUACCCUCGAACGUACCGGACCCGUCGUAGAAGCCUUUGAUGUUGAAAACUCGCAAGAGAAGCGACUUGUCAUUGGCUAUCGCAUGGGAUCCACAUCUCACUUCUUCUCGGCCAUCUCAGAUCUCUACCAUUGGUAUGGCAUCUACUCGAGUCGAAAGUACGUCGAACACUUCAGCAACGGCGUCUCGAUCGUAUCGCUCUACCUCAACCCACUUCGCGGGCCACCCAUCAAUCAAGCGAUCUUACAGAUCACACGCGAGAUCUCGCUCAUUUUCUGCUUGCCGAGCAAUCCCUUCUUCGUUGCGGGCAGCGGACAUGCAGUACAAGAAUCGAGCUAUGCUUAUGCUGCUGCUGUCUUUUGCCAGCACUUCCUCAAUCGCCUGGGACCAUCCUUCCUCAAUCUCAAAAAUCAGCUAGACGAGAAUGAUCCUACGCAGGCAAACAUCCUGGCCGAUAUCAGGAAGCGUCUUCGAGAACAGACUUUUACGCGCCAAUCGAUUAGAGACUCGAUAGAAGCCUACCCGGAACUAGUGAGAUUGCUCUAUGUCAACUUUGCAAUGACGCACUACAUUUCGGGUCGAAGCCAGCUCAUGCCUACGCUCUCGUACCAACGCAUUCAGACUAACGCGGCUCUCAACGACGAAGAGCUGUACACUAGAAUCAAAAAGACGACGCAGAAUGCGCACGACUUUGAGGUCUUCGAAUCUAUGCUUAGCUUCAACAAAUCGAUUCUCAAGACCAACUUUUACCAGCCUACAAAAGUCUCGCUUUCCUUUAGACUCGAUCCUGCCUUUUUGCCAGAAGCGGAGUACCCCACACGACCUUACGGCCUCAUUCUCGUCGUCGGUCCUGAUUUUAGAGGCUUCCACGUUCGCUUCAGUGAUGUCGCUCGUGGUGGCAUCCGAAUCAUUCGCUCUCGUGACAGAGAGACUUUCAGUGUCAACCAACGCAACCUGUUCGAUGAGAACUACGCACUGGCACUUACGCAGCAUCUCAAGAACAAGGAUAUCCCAGAAGGAGGCUCCAAGGGCACAAUCUUGCCAGAUCUCGGCGCAGAUCCAAGGGCUGUCUUUGAGAAAUACAUCGACAGCAUCUUGGAUCUUCUGAUCCCAGGCAAUUCUCCGGGCGUCAAGGAGCAGAUUGUCGACCUCUAUCAGAAAGAAGAAAUCCUCUUCUUUGGCCCCGAUGAGAACACCGCCGGCUUCAUGGAUUGGGCCUGUCUGCACGCUCGUGAACGUGGCUACGGAACGUGGAAGUCGAUUACGACUGGCAAGUCCAGUCUACUCGGCGGCGUUGCUCAUGACAUCUUCGGCAUGACCUCGCUCAGCGUCCGUCAAUACGUCAUUGGCAUCUAUCAGCAGCUCGGUCUGCGCGAAGAAGAAAUCACAAAGAUGCAAACGGGCGGUCCAGAUGGCGAUCUUGGUUCGAACGAGAUCCUGCUGAGUAAAGACAAGACCAUUGCUAUCAUCGAUGGCUCCGGUGUCCUGCAUGAUCCCUCUGGACUUAACCGCGAAGAGCUCACCCGACUGGCGAAGGAGCGUAAAAUGGUCACGCACUUUGACCGCUCGCUGCUUUCCUCGGAAGGCUACCUCGUGCUUGUCGAAGACCAGGACUUCACCCUGCCAUCCGGCGAGAUUGUCAAUGACGGCACAAGUUUCCGUAAUAGCGCUCAUUUGCGCUACAAGGCCGAUAUCUUUGUUCCGUGCGGAGGUCGUCCAGAAUCCAUUAACAUGGGAAAUAUCAAGCAGCUUUUCGAUGCAGACGGCAAGCCCAACUUCAAGUAUGUCGUCGAGGGUGCCAAUCUCUUCAUCUCACCGCAAGCUCGCUUGGCUCUCGAGAAACGCGGCGUUGUCGUGUUCAAAGAUGCUUCGGCGAACAAAGGCGGUGUAACAAGCUCGUCUCUGGAAGUUCUCAGCGGACUGGGGCUGGAUGACCAAGAAUUCCUUGAGCUCAUGACGAACAAUGGACACGAAGGUUUCUCCGAAUUCUAUCGCAAUUACGUCCAAGAAAUCCAGAAGAUCAUCAGCUACAAUGCGGCUCAAGAAUUCAACUGCAUCUGGAAGGAUCAUGCUAUCAGCAAAAAGCCCCGUCCGAACAUCACCGAUGAGUUGAGCAGAGCCAUCGUACAGCUACAAGCCGAUUUGGAGCAAUCGAAUCUCUGGGACGAUCUCGGUGUCCGACGCGCUGUCAUCAGUCGUGCAGUUCCCAAGACCCUGCUCAAGCAGGUCGGCCUCGACAAGCUCAUCUCCCGACUGCCACCGACCUAUCUAAGGUCGCUCUUCGCAGACUUUGUUGCCAGUCAUUACGUUUACGAAUACGGCCUGCAAUCCUCGCUUGUUGCGUUCUACAGCUUUGUGUCAAAGUUCAAGGAAGCCCAAGCGUGA